CCGGACCAGCCGCACCUCGCGAGGACCGCUCGUCGUCUUCGUCGCCUCGUCCUCCCCAUCGUCCGCCUCUCGUCGACCCGCAGCACAGCCCUCGGGCCCAGAAGCAGCAGCGCCAGCCUCAUUGGGACACGUAGCCGACCAACCUCGCCCGCCGUCAAGCCCCGCAGAGCGACCCCUCGCUCAUCCACCUCAAGCGCGUGCAACCGCCGACCUCGCCCCGCCAUGUCGUCCUCCCGCUCGAUUGCGCGCAUCUACCCGGACGCCAACGAGCGCUUCGGCGAGUCGUGGCACAACUAUGACGCCCUCAUGGUCGCAUGGGGUAUUCAAGACAACUACGAGGUCGUGCGCAAGGUCGGGCGAGGCAAGUACUCGGAGGUGUUCGAGGGCGUCAACGUCGUCAACGAGGACAAGUGUGUCAUCAAGGUGCUCAAGCCCGUCAAGAAGAAGAAGAUCAAGCGCGAGAUCAAGAUCCUCCAGAACCUCGCCGGCGGCACCAACGUCAUCACGCUCCUCGACGUCGUCCGGGACCCGCAGAGCAAAACGCCCUCGCUCGUGUUUGAGCACGUCAACAACACCGACUUCAAGGUCCUGUACCCUCGCCUGACCGACUACGACGUGCGGUACUACAUCUACGAGCUCCUCAAGGCGCUCGACUUCUGCCACUCGCGCGGCAUCAUGCACCGCGACGUCAAGCCGCACAACGUCAUGAUCGACCACGAGCAGCGCAAGCUGCGCCUCAUCGACUGGGGUCUCGCCGAGUUCUACCACCCGGGCACCGAGUACAACGUUCGCGUCGCGUCGCGCUACUUCAAGGGCCCCGAGCUCCUCGUCGACUUCCAGGAGUACGACUACUCGCUCGACAUGUGGUCGCUUGGGUGCAUGUUUGCGAGCAUGAUCUUCCGCAAGGAGCCCUUCUUCCACGGCCACUCGAACGAGGACCAGCUCGUCAAGAUCACCAAGGUUCUGGGCACGGACGACCUGUACGCCUACCUCGAGAAGUACGACAUCGACCUCGCGCCCGAGUUUGACGACAUCCUCGGCCGGUACGCCAAGAAGCCCUGGAGCAAGUUCAUCACGAGCGAGAACCAGCGGUACAUCAGCAACGAGGCGAUCGACUUCCUCGACCACCUGCUGCGGUACGACCACCAGGAGCGCGCAACAGCCAAGGAGCUCCUCGACUCGCCCGGGCACGCCUACUUCAACCCGGUGCGCGAGGCCGAGGCGGCGGCCAAGGCGGGCAAGGCCGAGGGCAAGUGAGUCCGGCGGCUGUCCCGAGCUGGGUCCGGGUCGACGGGCAGGAGGACGAGGGAGGGGGAGGAGCAAGGGUUGUCUUUCCGGCUUGCGCGCCCGCGUUGUAUUCUUCCUCUCUCGCCCUCAUCCCCUUCCCACGAUCCUUUCUCCUCUUUCUAUCGGCGUAUCUUUGCUAUGCUAGCGCUGUGUGUGCUCGUCGUC